AUGCAAAAUAUAUCUAGGUUACCGGUGAGAAUAGCUCUCUCGAGUCGCUACUUUAGCAUUCUACCUAAAAGGAGUUAUAACGUUGCUUGUUAUGCUACUACAUAUUUAAAUGGACGCAGGGCACUGCAUAUGUCCCGCCUGUUGCGUAGGUAUAAUGAUGAAGAUUUGAAUAAGCUGAGGAAAGAUAUUGAUGAGUAUAUUCAUCAUUCUAAGCUGAAUAAAACUGAAAUGGGGUCACAACUUAAGAAGACCAUUGACGAGCGUAUUGAGGCAAUGAAGAAUGAAAUGGAAAAAUUGAAUUAUCAGGAAAAGAAUGGAAAUUCUAAGAUCAAGAAAGUCUCUAAAGAUUCUAAAGAAUCCGAAGACUCUAAAGGCUCUAAAGGCUCCCAGCAUCCCUUCGAAACUGAACAUAAUGGCGGUAAGGGAGGUAAUGGAGGAGGACUUGGUGGCCCAUCAGGAGAUGGACCUAAAGAUAUCAAAAUUAGCAUUAACCUUUUUAAUGUUGGUCUUAUAUUAUUUGUUGCAGCAUUUUUCUUGCAUACAAUUAAUACCUCAGCGGAUCAGAAGCAGGUAACUUGGCAGGAAUUCCGUACAGAUUUUUUGCAUAAAGGUCUUGUUUCAAAGCUAAUUGUGGUUAAUAAGUCUGUUGUGAAAGUUAUUCUAAACGGUAAUGGUCGAAACCAGCCAAAUAAUGCAGGGAAUGACUUUUACUAUUUCACUAUUGGUUCCAUCGAGAGCUUUGAACGCAAAUUGAGGGAAGCUCAAGAUGAAUUGCAAAUUGCGGAAGAAUUUAGAAUUCCUGUUAUUUAUACUCAAGAAGGUACAUGGGUCAAGUUUGCACUUCAGCUGUUACCCACUCUUUUGUUAAUUGGUGGUAUGGUAUUGAUAGCCAGAAGAUCAAUGGGAUCUGUAGCCGGUGGCGCUAACGGGAUAUUUAAUGUUGGUAAAUCGAUAGCUAAAAGAUUUGAUAAAGACGUGGAUGUGAAAGUCAAGUUUAAGGACGUUGCAGGUUGUGAUGAAGCGAAGGAAGAAAUUAUGGAGUUUGUUAGUUUCUUGAAGAAUCCAUCAAAGUAUGAAAAAAUGGGGGCCAAAAUUCCAAGGGGUGCCGUGCUCUCUGGACCUCCAGGAACUGGUAAGACAUUACUUGCCAAGGCAACUGCAGGUGAAGCUGGUGUGCCAUUCUUUUCGGUAUCUGGCUCCGAAUUUGUCGAGAUGUAUGUAGGUGUUGGUGCUUCUCGGGUUCGUGACUUGUUUAAGACGGCCAGAGAAAAUGCUCCAUCUAUUGUCUUCAUUGAUGAAAUUGACGCCGUUGGUAAAGCCAGACAAAAGGCAGGUUUCUCUGCUGCAAACGACGAAAGAGAAAAUACUCUCAAUCAACUUUUAGUUGAGAUGGACGGUUUCGGUCCAAGUGACCACGUUGUAGUUUUGGCUGGUACAAACAGGCCAGACGUUUUGGAUAAAGCCUUAUUAAGGCCUGGAAGAUUUGACAGACAUAUUACUAUCGACAACCCCGAACUGAACGGCCGUAGAGAAAUUUUCAAUGUCCAUUUAGCGAAGAUUAAAUUGGCCGGUGAAAUGAACGAUCUAAAAAAUAGAUUAGCAGCCUUAACGCCAGGAUUCUCCGGAGCAGAUAUCGCUCAUGUCUGUAACGAAGCUGCUUUGAUAGCCGCAAGAGGGAAUGCCGCGGCAGUAAGCUUGGAGCACUUCGAGCAGGCUAUAGAAAGAGUGAUUGGUGGUGUUGAACGUAAAACGAAGUUGUUAUCCCCAGUAGAAAAGAGAGUUGUAGCAUAUCAUGAAGCCGGCCAUGCAAUCUGUGGAUGGUUCUUAGAAUUUGCUGAACCAUUACUUAAGGUUAGUAUAAUUCCUCGUGGUCGGGAGACUUUAGGCUAUGCCCUAUACUUGCCUCCUGACGUUUCUUUGAUGAGCCAGCAACAGCUGUUAGACAGGUUGACAAUGACGCUUGGCGGUCGUGUCUCUGAAGAACUACAUUUUGAUAGUGUUACCAGUGGUGCUGCUGACGAUUUCAAAAAAGUGACACGUAUGGCAACUGCUAUGGUGACUGAGUUAGGUAUGAGUGAACAAGUCGGAUGCUUAAGCUAUACAAAGAAAAACGAGAAUGACUUUACCAAACCUUUCUCGGAAGAAACCGCGGCGAUUGUUGACUCUGAGGUCAAUAAAAUAAUCCAGCAAUGCCAUGAAAGGUGUACUGGAUUAUUAAAGGACAAGGAACAAGAGCUAGAAAAGGUUGCACAAUUACUAAUUGAAAAAGAGGUGAUUACUAGGGAGGAUAUGAUUAGACUUUUAGGAAAGAGACCUUUCCCGGAACGCAAUGAUGCCUUCGAGAAAUAUCUAGAUGAAUCGAACGCAACUAAAACUUCACAACAAGAGGAAUCGAAUUCCAACCCAAAUGAAUCGACAACUGAGAAGCCAGAAAGCCAAGAAAAAAACGCUGGAAAUGAAGAUCAAAAAACUGACUCUUCGAAUACACUGAAAAAUUGA